GCCCCAGCAGGCCCACGGGGACAGGCUGGCUGCGGCAGUCCCCGAGCAAGGCUCCCGCAGGGAUGUGCUCUGAAGGGGGCUUCCUCACCUAGGAGGACGCGGGCGCGCAGCCGCGGCGCACCGCCUCCGCCCAGCCCCCCGCGCGUUCCCAGGUGGGCACCUGCGCCCAGGGCAGGUGUGUCCGCCAGAGGCUGGGGCAGCGCGGGACCCAGCUCCGGGCCGGGUGCAGGCCUGGGUGAGCCCGGGCGGCGGCACAUCCCCCGCUGGCUCCGAGUCACCUGGAUCGCCGCCCAGUGGAGGCUGGGCGCAGCGCCCCUCUGCGCAUUCCCUCUGCAAAAUGGCUCACGCUGCUGCUUCUAUUAAAAAAGUUCGCGAGGCUGAGCUGGAUGAAAAGGAAAAAAUCCUUGAGAGAGAGAGGAAAAAACAACGGAAAAUCCCCAGGGAGCGUACGGACCGGAAAAGGAAGUCUGACAGCAGCGCCAGCUUCCUCCGCGCGGCCAGAGCCGGCAACCUGGACAAGGUCGUGGAGUACCUGAAGGGGGGCGUGGACAUCAACACCUGCAACCAGAAUGGACUCAACGCUCUGCACCUGGCCGCCAAGGAGGGCCACGUGGGCCUGGUCCAGGAACUGCUGGGAAGAGGGUCUUCCGUGGAUUCUGCCACCAAGCAGAAGGGGAACACUGCUCUCCACAUCGCAUCUCUGGCGGGACAGGCGGAAGUCGUCAGAGUUCUCGUCAAGGAGGGAGCCGACAUCAAUGCGCAGUCUCAGAAUGGCUUCACUCCUCUGUAUAUGGCUGCCCAAGAGAACCACAUCGAUGUUGUAAAGUAUUUGCUGGAAAAUGGAGCCAACCAGAGCACCGCUACCGAGGAUGGCUUCACGCCUCUGGCCGUGGCACUGCAGCAAGGACACAACCAGGCAGUGGCCAUCCUCCUGGAGAACGACACGAAAGGGAAAGUGAGGCUGCCUGCUCUGCAUAUCGCUGCCCGGAAGGACGACACCAAAUCCGCAGCCCUCCUGCUGCAGAGCGACCACAACGCUGACGUGCAGUCCAAGAUGAUGGUGAAUAGGACAACUGAGAGCGGCUUCACCCCUCUGCACAUCGCUGCUCACUACGGGAACGUCAACGUGGCGACGCUGCUGCUGAACCGGGGCGCCGCGGUGGACUUCACGGCCAGGAAUGGGAUCACCCCUCUGCACGUGGCCUCCAAAAGGGGGAACACAAACAUGGUGAAGCUCCUCCUGGACCGUGGUGGCCAGAUCGAUGCCAAAACCAGGGAUGGCUUGACCCCACUGCACUGCGCUGCACGAAGUGGACAUGACCAGGUGGUACAGCUUCUGCUAGAGCGGGGCGCCCCCUUGCUGGCGAGGACCAAGAAUGGGCUGUCUCCGCUUCACAUGGCCGCACAGGGGGACCACGUGGAGUGUGUGAAGCACCUGUUACAGCACAAGGCACCUGUCGAUGAUGUCACCCUGGACUACCUGACGGCCCUCCACGUCGCCGCGCAUUGUGGCCACUACCGUGUGACCAAACUCCUUCUGGACAAGAGAGCCAAUCCGAAUGCCAGAGCCCUGAAUGGUUUCACUCCCCUGCACAUUGCCUGCAAGAAAAACCGCAUCAAGGUCAUGGAGCUGCUGGUGAAAUACGGGGCUUCCAUCCAGGCUAUCACAGAGUCCGGCCUCACGCCGAUUCACGUGGCCGCCUUCAUGGGCCACUUGAACAUUGUUCUCCUGCUGCUGCAGAACGGCGCCUCUCCAGAUGUCACUAACAUUCGCGGGGAGACGGCGCUGCACAUGGCCGCCCGGGCGGGGCAGGCGGAGGUGGUGCGCUGCCUGCUGCGGAACGGGGCCCUCGUGGACGCCAGAGCCAGGGAAGAACAGACGCCCUUACAUAUCGCCUCUCGCCUGGGGAAGACGGAGAUUGUCCAGCUGCUCCUACAACAUAUGGCUCAUCCAGACGCAGCCACUACCAACGGGUACACGCCACUGCACAUCUCUGCCCGGGAAGGCCGGGUGGACGUGGCAUCUGUCCUCUUGGAAGCGGGGGCUGCCCAGUCCUUAGCUACCAAGAAGGGCUUCACGCCCCUGCACGUGGCUGCCAAGUACGGGAGCCUAGACGUGGCGAAGCUGCUGCUGCAACGGCGCGCGGCCGCGGACGCUGCGGGCAAGAACGGCCUGACCCCACUGCACGUGGCCGCUCAUUACGACAACCAGAAGGUGGCGUUGCUGCUGCUGGAGAAAGGGGCUUCCCCUCACGCCACUGCCAAGAAUGGCUACACUCCUUUACAUAUUGCUGCCAAGAAGAACCAGAUGCAGAUCGCUUCCACACUCCUGAACUACGGAGCAGAGACUAACAGUGUGACGAAGCAGGGAGUAACGCCCCUCCACCUGGCCUCCCAGGAGGGGCACACAGAUAUGGUCUCCCUGCUCCUGGAUAAGGGUGCCAGCAUCCACGUGUCAACCAAGAGCGGCCUCACUGCCUUACACCUCGCCGCCCAGGAAGAUAAAGUGAACGUGGCCGAUAUUCUCACCAAGCACGGCGCUGACAGGGACGCCCACACGAAGCUUGGUUACACUCCUUUAAUUGUGGCUUGUCACUAUGGAAAUGUGAAAAUGGUCAACUUUCUUCUGAAGCAGGGAGCAAACGUCAACGCAAAGACCAAGAAUGGCUACACGCCUUUGCACCAGGCCGCCCAGCAGGGCCACACGCAUGUCAUCAACACGCUGCUGCAGCACGGGGCCCGGCCAGAUGCCACCACCGCGAAUGGCAACACCGCCCUGGCCAUCGCCAAGCGUCUGGGCUACAUCUCCGUGGUCGACACCCUGAAGGUCGUGACUGAGGAGGUCACCACCACCACCACGACUGUCACUGAGAAACACAAGCUGAAUGUUCCUGAGACGAUGACUGAGGUGCUUGAUGUUUCUGACGAAGAGGGUGACGACACGAUGACAGGUGACGGGGGGGAGUACCUCCGGCCUGAGGACCUGAGAGAGCUGGGCGACGACUCUCUGCCCAGCAGUCAGUUCCUGGAUGGUAUGAAUUACCUGCGGUACAGUUUGGAGGGAGGACGCUCUGACAGUACCAUGCCCAGCCUCCGGUCCUUCAGUUCCGACAGGUCUCACCCGCUGGGCCAUGCCUCCUACCUGAGGGAUAGUGCCGUGACGGACGAUGCCGUCCUCAUCCCCAGCCACCAGGUGUCGGCUCUCGCCAAGGAGGCAGAAAGGAGCUCCUACCGCCUCAGCUGGGGCGCCGAGCAUUUGGACAACGUGGCCCUUUCUUCCAGCCCUAUUCACUCCGGCCGCACCUCUCCGUGUAUCGACCGUGACAGCAGCAGUUUCCUGGUUAGUUUCAUGGUGGAUGCCCGCGGUGGUGCCAUGAGAGGCUGCCGGCACAACGGGCUGCGUAUCAUAAUCCCGCCGCGGAAGUGCACGGCCCCAACGCGGGUCACCUGCCGCCUGGUCAAACGCCACCGCCUGGCGACAAUGCCCCCGAUGGUGGAAGGGGAAGGCCUGGCCAGCCGCCUGAUUGAAGUUGGACCAUCUGGUGCUCAGUUCCUUGGUAAGCUGCACCUGCCAACGGCCCCUCCCCCACUUAAUGAGGGAGAAAGUCUGGUCAGCCGCAUCCUUCAGCUGGGGCCUCCUGGAACCAAAUUCCUUGGGCCUGUGAUCGUGGAGAUCCCGCAUUUUGCUGCCCUUCGAGGGAAGGAGAGGGAGCUGGUGGUCCUGCGCAGUGAGAAUGGAGACAGCUGGAAAGAGCACUUCUGCGAGUACACUGAAGACGAGUUGAACGAGAUCCUGAAUGGCAUGGAUGAAGUGCUGGACAGCGCCGAGGACCUGGACCGGAAGCGCAUCUGCCGCAUCGUCACGCGCGACUUCCCUCAGUACUUCGCCGUGGUGUCGCGCGUCAAGCAGGACAGCCACCUGAUCGGGCCGGAGGGCGGUGUGCUGAGCAGCACGGUGGUGCCGCAGGUGCAGGCGGUGUUCCCCGAGGGCGCGCUGACCAAGCGUAUCCGCGUGGGCCUGCAGGCUCAGCCGAUGCACGGUGAGCUGGUAAAGAAGAUCCUGGGCAACAAAGCCACCUUCAGCCCAAUAGUCACUUUGGAACCUAGAAGAAGAAAAUUCCAUAAGCCAAUCACCAUGACCAUCCCUGUCCCCAAAGCUGUGAGUGAUGUCAUACUGAACGGUUUUGGGGGAGACGCACCAACCUUGAGGUUACUGUGCAGUAUAACAGGUGGAACCACUCCUGCCCAGUGGGAAGAUAUUACCGGGACUACACCAUUAACAUUUGUCAACGAAUGUGUUUCCUUCACGACCAAUGUGUCUGCCAGGUUCUGGCUGAUAGAUUGCAGACAAAUCCAGGAAUCUGUGACCUUUGCAUCCCAAGUAUAUAGAGAGAUUAUCUGCGUACCAUAUAUGGCCAAGUUCGUCGUGUUUGCCAAGUCACAUGACCCCAUUGAAGCCAGGUUGCGAUGCUUCUGCAUGACCGACGACAAAGUGGACAAGACGCUGGAACAACAGGAAAACUUUGCCGAGGUGGCCAGAAGCCGGGAUGUGGAGGUGUUAGAAGGAAAACCCAUCUAUGUUGAUUGUUUUGGCAAUCUGGUGCCAUUAACCAAGAGCGGCCAGCAUCAUAUAUUCAGUUUUUUUGCCUUCAAAGAAAACAGACUUCCUCUCUUUGUCAAGGUCCGGGACACGACCCAGGAGCCAUGCGGACGCCUGUCAUUUAUGAAAGAGCCCAAAUCCACAAGAGGCCUGGUGCAUCAAGCGAUUUGCAACUUAAACAUCACCCUGCCCAUUUACAUAAAGGAGUCAGAGUCAGAUCAAGAACAGGAGGAAGAGAUCGAUAUGACAUCAGAAAAAAAUGAUGAGACAGAAUCUACAGAAACGUCUGUCCUGAAAAGUCACCUGGCUGAUGACGCCCCUGUCCUGGCGAGCCCGGACUUGCUCUCGGAUGUUUCCGAGAUGAAGCAGGAUCUGAUCAAGAUGACCGCCCUCUUGACCACAGACGUGUCCGACCGGGCAGGACCCCUCACGCCCAAGGGGCUGGCCAGGGCCGGCGAGGAGGAGCCUGGCGAGCCCUUCGAGAUCGUUGAGAGCGUCAAAGAGGACUUGGAGCGAGUGAACGAAAUUCUGAGGGGUGGGCCUGGGUCCCCGCCAGACAGGGAGCUGGAGGAGGAGGACUGGGUGAUGGUCAGCGCCGAGGAUGUGCGGCAGGCCCAGCAGAGCGCCCCUGCGGAGGGUCCCGGGUCGCCCCGCGCCACAGGUACUGCGCACAGACAGGUGCGCCCAGAGGACGAGCCACCCACGGCGGCCGGGGACGCACCCGGGGCCCUUGCUGUGGGCGGGAGCCUAGAAAGCGAGGGCAAGGACGGCCCCGCAGACGACACACAGACAACGCAGAAACAGCAGAAAUCAGUCCUGGGAGUGAAGAAGCCAGUGAGGAGGAAAUUAAAAGAAAAGCUGAGACAGAAUGAGCCAAGUCUCCAAGCUAGCACAGGAAAAACUGAACUUAAAAAAUGUAGUUCCGAAGAGUCCUUGGAAGAUGACCCGGGGUUAGGCCCCGAGCCUCUCCCCACCGGAAAGGCCACAUCGCCUUUGAUUGAAGAAACCCCCAUUGGUUCUAUUAAGGACAAAGUGAAGGCCCUCCAGAAGCAAGUGGAGGAGGAGCAGAAAGGUCGCAGCAAGCUGCCUGUCAGGGUCAAAGGCAAAGAGGAAACACCCAGGAGGACAAGCCACAGGCCACGCCCUGCGGUGUCCCCCACUGUGAAGUCAGAGAGGCAGGUGCCAGCAUCCCCCUCCCCCAAAGCAGAAAGGCACUCUCCUCUUUCCUCCUCUGCAAAAUCUGAAAGGCACCUUCCAACGACUCCGCCAAGUAAAACUGAGAGACACUCCCCUGUGUCACCCUCAGGCAAAACAGACAAACGCCCACCUGUGUCACCCUCAGCAAAAACUGAGAGAUACUCCCCUGCAUCCUCGUCAAAUAAAACUGAGAAACAGUCCCCUGUGUCACCCUCAGGUAAAACAGACAAACGACCACCGGUGUCACCCUGGGGAAGGACGGAGAAACCCCUUCCUGUACCCCCUGGGAGAACAGAAAAACGCCUGCCUGUAUCACCCGCUGGGAGAAUGGAAAAGCACCCACCUGUGUCAACCUCUGGGAAAACCGAGAAGCGCCUUUUGGUGUCACCUUCUGGAAAAACAGAAAAGCACCCACCUGUAUCCCCCACCUCAAAAACAGAACGAAUCGAGGAGACAAUGUCUGUUCGGGAGUUGAUGAAGGCUUUCCAGUCAGGCCAGGACCCAUCUAAACACAAGACUGGCCUCUUUGAGCACAAAUCAGCAAAACCAAAGCAGCCACAAGCAAAGAGCCAAGUCCGGGCAGGGAGAGACAAGGGGCAGGUUCCAAGCCAGAAAGAAACACAGAAAGUGGACAGCCAGACAGUCAAACGAGGCCAGGGAUCCCCGGGGACAGGAGCCUGUGGUACCUCAGGCAGGCGACAGAGCGGAGACACAGCUGGAAAUGAGGAGGCAGCCCCCAGCCCUCGGACACCUGCCCCCGAGGGAGACAUGGGGCUGCAGAUCAGCCCCGACAGGAGGGACUCCACCGACUUCUCUGAGGUCAUCAAGCAGGAGCUGGAGGACAAUGACAGAUACCAGCAGUUCCGCCAGACUGAGGACACGGCAAUGGUACAGCUGCUACUGGACCAGGUGCUCACCAGUCCCUGCAACACGGUGUUCCCCCUGGACGACACGGAGGAGGGCCGCCCAGCUCUGUCCUUGUGCAGCGGGGCCCUGGCUGGCAGCUGUGAGAGCCUGAGGCACGAAGGGGUGGCAGGGUCUCCAUGUGGCAGCCUGAUGGAGGGGACCCCUCAGAUCAGUUCAGAAGAAAGCUACAAGCACGAGGGCCUGGCGGAGACCCCUGAGACAAGCCCAGAAAGCCUUUCUUUCUCACCAAAGAGAAGCCAGGAACAAAUUGAGGAAACAAAAGGUGCCACCAUGUUAGAAACACCAGCGGAAAUUCGUUCAGAAGAAGGACAUCCCUCAACCAAAGACAUUCCCGGUGCUGCUGAUGAGCCAGGUGCAGCCACCACCAAGGGUGCAGAGCCCCAGGCCAUGUGUGCUCCCAGGGAGGCCACCCUGGACCCUUCCAGAGACACAGACCCCAAACCAGAAGGUGAUGGCCUCGGCAGUCGUGCUGUGUCCUCAGCCAAAGAAUCACCCACAGGACUGACGGAGGUCACGUCCUGUGACGGGGGUCCACCAGCUCAUGGUAGUUCCACCCACAAGACACAGACUGAUUCUGAAGCCCAAGGACCCACUAGCCCCGAGCCCUCACCGCCCGAGGCUCCCAGGAAGACCAGCCCUGGGGCCGAGUCCCAGCCGCAGGCAGCCCCCCGCAGCCCCCCGGGGCUCGAGCUCGCACUCCGUCGCCCCGAUGCUGAGGUGCUCAGCCCAGGCGCUGACGAGUCCCUGGCAGUGAGCCACAGAGACUCCCUGGAGGCCAGCCCGGUGCUAGAGGACAACUCAUCACACAAAACCCCGGACUCCCUGGAGCCCAGUCCUCUGAGAGAGUCCCCCUGCCGGGACUCUCUCGAAAGCAGCCCCGUGGAACCAAAGAUGAAGGCUGGCGUUGUCCCAAGUCACUUUGCUCUUCCCGCAGCCGUUGCCAAAGCGGAACCCUUUACAGAGGUGGCCUCCAUGCGGUCCCGGCUGCUCCGAGACCCGGAUGGCAGCGCCGACGACGACAGCCUUGAGCAGACGUCGCUCGUGGAGAGCUCGGGGAAGAGCCCCCUUUCUCCCGACACUCCCAGCUCUGAAGAAAUUAGCUAUGAGGUCACACCCAAAGCCUCUGAUACAAGCACCCCCAAACCGCCUGUGAUUCACGAAUGUGCUGAGGACGAUGACUCAGAAAAUGGGGAGAAAAAGCGGUUCACACCUGAAGAGGAAAUGUUUAAAAUGGUAACCAAAAUCAAAACCUUUGAUGAACUGGAACAAGAAGCAAAGCAGAAAAGGGACUACAGAAAAGAACCCAAGCAAGGAGAGUCUUCUUCAUCCUCUGACCCUGAUGCUGACUGUUCGGCAGACGUGCACGAACCGGAAAGUAUGAAGUGUGCUGAGGAUGGCAGCAGUGGCCCCAUGGCCGGCAUGGCCGACAGCAGGAAGGCGUCUUCCUCCUCAGAGAGUGAGCCCGAGCUGACCCAGCUGAGCAGAGGUGCCGACUCAGGCCUCCUCCCAGAGCCAGUCAUCCGCGUGCAGCCUCCCUCCCCACUGCCAUCCAGCAGGGACUCCAGUUCCAGUCCUGAAGAAGGACAAUUCCAGCCGGUUGCAUCCAAACACUACACUUUCAAGAUGAAGGAAGAUACUCAGGAAGGAUUGGGUAAAUCGGAAGAAGGAAAAGCUUGUGAAUGUCCUUUACCUGAAGACAGUCCUGCCGUUCCCACCGGUGGUCCAGAUGCGUCCUAUGAUGGCCUGAACACAGGUGCUGGUCAGCCCGACCUCUGUGAUGGCCAUGGUUGUGAGGCGGAGCGUCCGAGCAGCUCAGCCAUGCCCGUCUCUUCAGGACUCCAGGGUUCCACGGGUGUUGCCACCACUAAGGAGCUAGUUACCCCCAGGGAGACGUUAGCUCUGCAAGACGCCCACGAGGGGGACACAAAAGGGGAAGAGCAUGGUGCUUCUAGAGUGCAGUCUGCAUACGUCGAUGGCCCCAGCAAAGGCGCCCCACCCUUGUCCUCUGUGCCUCGUUGUCCUGCAUCUGAAGGAAAAGAAUUUGAUGAAGACGUAAUCUGCAUGUCCUCUACGACAGCAGUGGAAGCCACACAACCUGAGCAGGCUCCCGAGAGCUUCCCGGAGGACUGUGCCACUCCAGACUCCUCAGUCAGUCCUCAGACCAAUGGUGUGUCCAUGGGCGUCCCACUGUCUGACCCAGCUGAGGCCGAAGACGUCUGUGACCCUCAGAUCAUAAGCCCGUAUGAAAAUGUUCCUUCCCAAUCCUUUUUCUCUUGUGAAGAAAGCCAAACCCACACAGCUGCAAGACACGUGAGCUUUCACUCUUCUGAAGUGUGUCCCGGGACCAUCGUGCUGUCUGUCGAGGACACAGUAGUGGCAAGGACCUCCAGCGGAACUGUCUCAAGUCCAGAGCUUGUCUCCGAGGACCAAAGCAUGGCCCUGGAACCCGGGCGAGAAAGUCUGUUGUGGGAAAGGCGGUCCGAGAGCAGCCUCUCAUCCGUGGAGCCUGCUGUGCCAAGUAUGUCGGCAGUUGGUGAGCAAACCAGUAGCGUCAUCGUCACAACGACCGAAGUGGACUGUGAUCCCUGGAGCGAGAUGCGUGAGGAUGAUGCCGCCUUUGAGGCUCGCGUGGGGCAGGAGGAGCAGAAGAUCUUUGCUUUGAUGGUCGACAGACAGUCCCAGGGCACCACCCCGGACACCACUCCUGCUCGAACCCCAACUGAGGAGGGGACCCCCACCAGUGAACAGAAUCCGUUUCUCUUUCAGGAAGGAAAACUGUUUGAGAUGACCCGAAGUGGUGCCAUCGAUAUGACCAAAAGGUCCUACGCAGAUGAAAGUUUUCACUUUUUCCAAAUUGGGCAAGAAUCCGGAGAAGAGACUGCCUCUGAGGACGUGAAGGAAGGGGGUACCAUCCCUGAGCCUCCCCAGCUGGAGACAUCAGCUGAGUCACUGGCACUUUCGGAAUCAAAGGAAACAGUGGCUGAUGAGGCCGACUUGCUCCCUGACGACCUGAGUGAGGAAGCAGAGGGGAUGCCAGCCUCCACUGACACAGCAAGGCCAGAAGCUACAUCCCCGGGGGCCACGGACCUCCCCGCCAUGCAGAGGGUGGAUACACCUCCACUGCACGGAGAGAGGCACGCAGCUGGCCCCGGCUGCCCUGAACCGGCCGGCCACGCUCCGUUAGAUUUUUGCACCGUCACCAGGUCCGUAUAUUCAGGUCGGGAUGAUGACUCUCCCGACUCUUCCCCAGAGGAACAGAAGUCAGUCAUUGAAAUCCCCACGGCAUCCAUGGACAGUGUGCCUUCUGCUGAAAGCAAGUCCAAGAUCCCCGUAAGGCCCACACCCACUCUGACCCCAGCACCCCUAGAUACGGGGGACGAGAGGUCCCAGCCUGAAGAGUUUCUACCCGGCCUGAAUGAGGACAGUAAAGAGGAGGAAACAAAACCAAAGUCUAAGAUACCCGUGAAAGCUCCUGUCCAAAGAGCCGAGCUGCAGCCCUGGCCUCUGGCCUCGCCUCUGCAGAAGACGGGGGCUCCCCAGGGGCAGGACACACAGGGCAGAGUGGCCGACAGCAGAAGCAAAUCUGAAUCUGAUGCUAGCCCCGGGGACUCAAAGGCCAAAUGUCCACUGAAAACCGGAAGCUGUGCGGAGACAGAAGCCGAAGGCAGCGGCGGGACAGGACAGCUCGAGCCAGAGCCAGAAGGGGGCACCCCCAGACCCAAGCCCUUUCCGUCCAGGCUGCCGGUGAAGACCAGAAGCCCUCCGCCAUCCUGCAGGGGCACCGUGAGCCCCACAAAGGAACGGAGGGAGCAUUUCUCUGACCUUUACAGGAGUUCCCUGGAGUUCUUCGAGGAGAUUAGUGAUGAGGCGUCCAAGUUAGUGGAUAGGCUGACACAGGCAGAAAGGGGGCAGGAGUCAGUGUCAGAUGACGAAAGUAGCAGUGCCCUGGAAGUUUCCGUAAUCGAAAACCUGCCACCUCCGGAGGCCGAGCAGUCGGUCUCCGAGGACAUCUUUGACACAAGGCCCAUUUGGGAUGAGUCCAUUGAGACUCUGAUUGAGCGCAUCCCCGAUGACAGUGGCCGUGACCCUGCUGAAGAUCAACAGGAUGAGCAGGAACGGAUCGAGGAAAGACUGGCAUAUAUCGCCGAUCACCUCGGCUUCAGCUGGACAGAGUUAGCGCGGGAACUGGAUUUCACUGAGGAGCAGAUCCAUCAGAUCCGCAUCGAGAACCCCAACUCUCUGCAAGACCAGAGUCACGCGCUGCUCAAGUACUGGCUGGAACGGGAUGGCAAGCACGCGACAGAUGUUAGUCUCACCGACUGUCUUACCAAGAUCAAUCGAAUGGACAUUGUGCAUCUCAUGGAGACAAGCACGGAGCCUGUGCAGGAGCACACGAGUCACAGCUCGGUGGAAAUGGGACCGACUAUUGCACUGGAUGACAGUGAAGGCUUCUCAGUGCUUCCCGAGGAGCUUUGUGGCGCCCGGCCCGAGCCCGCGGAGGACAGCCGGUCCCGCAGCCACCCCCCCAUUGUGUCUGACGAAGACCUCUCCGUGGGUCAUUCCACUCUUCAGGACUGCGUCCCCAAAGCCGAUGGGGACAGCUCAGCGGCCCCGCUCACUCCCCACCACCACCAGGAACAGGUGCGACACGGUCUCUCGGGGACCCCACUGGAAGAGCCAUCAGAGAAGCUGAGGGAGGAGCGUCAGCAGGAAUACUUUGUGACAACCCCAGGGACAGACGUGUGCGACACUCAGAAGGCUGUGGCAGCACCUGGCUCUCCCAGCCAGACCCCUGAGGAAGUGAGGACCCCUCCUGAGGAGGACAGGCCCUACCUCCAGCCCUGGACAGCGAGUGAACGGGGAGACCCUCCCAUUGUGCAAGAACCCGAGGAGCCUCCGGAACUCAGGCAGGGGGCUUCUCCUCGGAAAACCAGCCUGGUGAUCGUGGAGUCAGCUGAUGACCAGCCACCUGUCUUCGAAAGACUCGAUGAGGAUGCAGCAUUUCAAAAGGAGCUAACAGAGGAGUUAGGGGAACUGGAGGCCAGCUCAGAGGAGGAGGCCAUGAUAACCACCAGGGUUGUCCGCCGGAGGGUCAUUAUCCAGGGGGAUGAUGUGCCUGACAUGCCCCCGGAAACAGUCACGGAAGAGAAGUACGUGGACGAGCACGGACACACCGUGGUGAAGAAGGUCACCAGGAAAAUCAUCAGGCGGUACCUGUCCCCCGACGGCACUGAGAAGGAAGAGGUCACGAUGCAAGGACUGCCCCAGGACCCCGUCAGCAUCGAGGAUGGGGACGGCUACUCCCGAGUCAUAAAGCGCGUUGUCCUGAAGAGUGACACUGAGCAGUCAGAGGUGACGUUGUCCGAGCCCAGCAUCCCGGGUGGUACCUCGCAAUUUCAGGCAGAGCCCGUGGAAGGCCGUCGAGUCAGUAAAGUUAUUAAAACAACAAUGGUCCAUGGAGAGAGGAUGGAGAAACAUCUGGGUGACUCUAGUUUAGCCACUGAUCUUCCUUCAGCCAAAGACGACUUUGAAGAGGCUUUGAGUUACACAGGUAGCCACAUGAAAGUGCACUUUCCCACUUUAGUAGAGAAUGAAAUCCUGAAAGAGGAUGGAUCAGUAAUUAAAAGGUUUGCGUUAGCAUGGAUUGUGUCAACUAACAAUUUGAAAGCUUUCCAACUUUAAGAAAGAAAAAUGGAGCCCCUGCACACACCUUAAAGCCCCUUGGGCAACUGCCCAACCCUUCCCCCCAAGACUUUUGUCAGGUGGCAGACGUGUCAGCAUGUCACACUGCAAGUGGGCACCUGUGCCCACCGUCACCCCCUGGGGUUCAGUAAGUCACCAGUUCUGUUGAGGCCAGCCAGCUGGGUGUCCUCUGGUGACAUAUUUGGAGAGCACAGGAAGAGAGAUCUAGUCAGCUGCUCACGAAUGAGUCUUGUGCCUGCUGCCUCAGCUCAGGCUCAGUAAAUCGUUUCUUUAAUGGCACACGCCGUCGUUUGUCUUCAGGCUGUUUCAUGCCUCUCCGUGAAUGGGCUGUAAUGCGAGCGUGAGCCUGGAUUUGCCCCGUGAUGCUGAAACCAGGGGCUUUUGUAAGUCAGAAAGUGUCUGAAAGCAGGAGGCAGCCUGCCUCUGCGCAUGGGAACGGGGACUGUGUGCAGCUCCCCCAGCUGCCCCGUCCCCGUCACUGUGAGAUCCGUAAACUUGGGCAUCUUGCCUUGGUCUGUUCCCACUUCUCUUUGGGCCGCUGGCAGCACUGUGAGUAUUAAUAAAAUGCUCCAGCUUUGCAGCAAAAUGACCCAAUGGAAAUUGAAGUUACUAUUGUGCUUUUCACUCGAAGAGAAGGAUUGUCACUGAAUGUACUCUGCAAAGCCAUGUUUAGCUUGUAAAACAUCCUUAGAACAGUGAAAUGAAAACCUCUGUCACGGGGUUGCCCUCCAAUGAUAUAAUAACCAGCAGCCGUGGUGACUCUGACACAGAUCUGCAGACGCUCCCUGAGUGGAGGCUAGAGCGCUUGUACUCUGAACUGUUGAGUCUCCUGUGCGGUCACUCAGGUCACCACGCUCACCCCAGCAUCACUGGACCUUCCCGUGGAACAGGGUUGGAGACAGGGGCUCCGAAAUUCUCAAUUCCGGCUAGUAAAUUUGAGGCCAGGAAUGCAGAAAGUCAACCCAGCCCCACAGCUGCUUGAUUAGGGGCCCUACUGGGAUACACAUGGCUGUGCCCUGUCCCUUGUGGAGGUGUUUAGCGUGUCCCCUGCUCCCAGGACACAGAGGAGUAAGUCCCAUCGCCGAGUGACACACACACAUACAUUCGUCACACAUUCAUCACACAUGUGGACCCACACCUCCAGCGAGGGUGCUGUCAUGGAAGCUUAGCCCCAAGGCCAAAGCCAUCGAGGUUCCUACUAGCUCUUGGCAGAAAGAGUCAGAUAGUUCCCAUUUUGGAGAAAAAAUAAAUUAGAAUGCUGAAUAGUUAGAAACCCAGGAUCUGAUUCCAGCCAUCGGAACCAAAUUUGAUCUUUUGAUCAAGAGGAACAAGUUUAAGUUUGCUUUCAGAUAACAGUUUGCGUAGCAGUGAAGGAAAGGAGGGCUGAGAGGCCACAGAGAAGAAGGAGACGAGGCAGCCAGAGGAGACCUGGCAGCGUUUUGGCCGAAACAAACCAUUUAAAACUCAGGGUGAGCCUCACAAGUGCCGAGGGUGCGUGAGGACGUAGCCCAGGGCAGGGCCACCGCUGGGGACCCUGAGGCUCCCUGAGGACAGUGCUGGGUGACGCUGCAGAAAUGGACCGUGUCCUCACGGCCUGGCGUGUGGCUGCAUGGACAGUGCUCACAGACCCGAUGCUGGGACCUUAGACUCCCGGCUUCACAGCUCACUCAUGGUGGGAUUUUCCAUCUGGAGCAUGGCUUAAAUUUUCUGCGAUGCAGUUUCCUUGAUGGUGGUUAUAGGAUCUGGCACACAAAGCUCGCUCACUGCAUGUUUGUGGCAUGGAGACUUGUAAUUGACAAGUAGGCAGUGAGAAGAACUGAGAGUGAACUAAUCACCCUGUCAUGGUUUUCAAGUCAGGAGACAGGAACAGAAUAGAACAAAGCCGUCCUAGCCCCUUUUCCAGAUCAUCACCAGGCUGCUGAGGGAGCCCAGAGGGCAGCAGGAGAUGUGAGAUGGGCAGAGUGCAUGGGGCUCCGAGGGGCUGGCAGGGCUGUCAGGUGUCCCCCCCCUUGGCCUGUCCCUUCCUCACCGUCUCCAGGUCAAGCUUCAGAGGUGGCCCAGACCUCCUUCUCGGCCACCUUCCUCCGUGUUGACAGACUAGUACCCCAGUUUAGAGAAAGCUCUCAGAACACUGGGGACUGAGUGGGAGGUGACUAGCAUGAAGCUGGAAGCCGGGGGUGCUAAUUCAAUUAAAACUACGACCCUGGGCCGGUCAUAAGUCCGCGUGGAAUCAGGGUUCCAGGACGAGCCCAGCUCUUUAAAAGCUGUGACCGCGAUCAGACAGGAGCCACAUGUGGUCACUGUAUGCUGGGAAG